UUUGACUCAAAUACAGGACUUUCACAUUACUCAAUAUUCGCAGCGGAAUAGGAUGAUCAAAGAAGGCUCUUAUUUAGAAUAUAGCUGCGAAUAUGGAUAUAAACUGAAUGGAGCGAAUCGUUCAACCUGCACGAAUAAUGGCUGGAAUAGUGACGCACCUACUUGCAAGCAAACUACUUGUGAUGCUGGUAUAUUGAACGACUGCACUUCUCCGUUAAACUGUGAGAGAUUUGAUUUUGCGAUGAACAACUAUAGGAGAAUCUACAAAGGAAACGUGCAGCAAUUGUCCCAAUUGGAAUAUUUACAUCUUAGUUGUGAUGAUGGCUAUGACUUACAAGGCACACAAUUUUUAACUUGUAUGGGAGGCAAAUGGGAAGGCAGUAUGCCUAAAUGUGCUGAGCAAACUACUUGUGAUGCUGGUGUAUUGAACGCCUGCACUUCUCCGCUAAACUGUGAGAGAUUUGAUUUUGCGAUCAACAACUAUAAGAGAAUCUACAAAGGAAACGUGCAGCAAUUGUCCCAAUUGGAAUAUUUACAUCUUAGUUGUGAUGAUGGCUAUGACUUACAAGGCACACAAUAUUUAACUUGUAAGGGAGGCAAAUGGCAAGGCACUAUGCCUAAAUGUAACGAGCGAAUCUCUAACACUUGUGACAAAAGAAUAUUGGAUAACUGUACUUAUCCACUAAUUUGUAAGAGAUUUGAUCGCGAGUUCAACGAUUUUAGAAAAAUCAACAGUGCCACCCGCCAGAAAUCAGUCAUUCAUAUGGAACGUAUAAAAGUCAGUUGUGAAAAUGGUUAUGUGCUGGAUGGCAGAAAUGUUUUAAGUUGCGCGGCAGGAAAGUGGGAUCACCAUAUGCCCAAAUGUAUUGCAUCUUCCUGUAGAGGUGAUCUCAUACCCAGGUGCAAGCAUCCACUAACUUGCUCGUGGUACGACUCCAAGUCCCAAUCCGAACAGAUUAUAACUGAUAACAAUAUUACAGAGUCCACAAGUUAUGCACUAAAUACCCAGAUUGUUUUCGGUUGUGCUAACGGUUAUAAGCUAGAAGGCGAAGAACAAACCAUUUGUACUUCGAACGGCUGGACUCAUAAACAAAGUCAUAAACUACCGGAAUGCACUUCUGAAUGUGAUCCCGAUAUCUUUAAAAGCUGUAAAAAACCACUUAUUUGUUUUUAUUUGGAACCUAAUAAAAAUUGGUUAGAAGUUCGAAACGAUUUCUUGAUAAAUAAAAUUAGUGAAAACUCCUUUAUACACUUUCGCUGUGUUAACGAUUAUAUGCUGCAAGGGGUGGAUUAUAUAAAUUGUAAUUCGAAGGGAUGGGAUCAUCCUAUGCCUGAGUGCGUUUCUGCAUUUUCCUAAUUAUAUUUUGUUAACAUACUAGAAUCGGAGACUUAUUAUGGCAGAUGGGCGGCGGUGGAUUUCUGAUGACAAUAAAUAACAUUGGGUUCAUGAAUAUUAAUACUGUAUAUGCCUGAAAAAAAUAUAAUAAAACAAGAAAAAACAUUAA